AGGGUCUUUUGCUUUGUGCUCAUGCAUUGCUGAAUGAACUGAAAAUCAGCUUAGACACUUAAGCGCUUUUCCAAUUAAUCUCAUGCCAACAACACUUCCAAGACUCAAAUGCAUUCCACUCUUAAAUUCUUUUCCCAAACAAACCCCAACAAACAUAAAACAAAUCCAUGCCCAACUAAUCAUCAACAACCUCAAUUCCCCCAAAUUCUUCGCCAAAUUAAUCAACCUUUAUUCUUCAACUUCACCAAACCCUAAAAUUCUAAAUUCAAUUUUCCACUACUUUCACACACCCCAUUUACUCCUCUUCAACACUCUGAUCAAAUGCACCCCCCUUAACAACUCAAUUCAAAUUUUCCAAACCCACUUCUCAAAACAACUUAUUCAUUUUGAUCACCACACUUUCAACUUCAUCCUUGGAGCUUGUGCUCGUUCCCCUUCAUAUCUAACAUUAAAAUUAGGAACACAAUUACACUCUUUAAUUAUAAAACAAGGAUUUUUUUGUUCCAAUGUUUUAGUUCCAACUACUUUAAUUCAUUUUUAUGCUAACAAUAGAGAUAUUAGAUAUGCACGUAAAGUGUUUGAUGAAAUGCCUGAGAGAAAUGUUGUUACGUGGAAUGCGAUGAUAACCGGUUAUUGUUCGUUAAAAGAUGGAAAUGGCAAAAAUGCUGUGAAUGGAUUGUGUUUGUUUAAGGAAAUGUUGAUGGUUGGUGGGAGUGAAGUUAGACCGAAUGAUACUACUUUGGUUUGUUUGCUUUCUGCAGCUUCUCAAUUGGGAAUGAUGGAAAUUGGUGUUUGCUUACACGGGUUUGCGGUGAAGAUGUUGUGUAAAGUUGAAGAUGAUGUGUUUAUAGGGACGGGGCUUGUUGAUAUGUACUCGAAAUGCGGGUGUCUUGAAAGUGCUUUGUAUGUUUUUUGGCGGAUGAAAUUUAGGAAUGUUUUGACUUGGACUGCGAUGACUACCGGAUUAGCUAUUCAUGGGAGAGGGGAAGAGGCUUUGGAGAUUUUGUAUAAGAUGGAGAGUGAUGGUGUGAGACCGAACGAAACGACUUUUACGAGCUUGUUGUCGGCAUGUUGUCACGCAGGGCUUGUUGAAGAAGGGCUUCAAUUGUUUCAUGAUAUGGAACAGAAAUUUGGUGUGGUGCCUCGGAUACAACAUUAUGGUUGUGUUGUUGAUCUUCUUGGAAAAAAUGGAAAUUUGAACGAGGCUUAUGAUUUUAUCCUGGCGAUGCCCAUUAGUCCUGAUGCCGUGAUUUGGAGGAGUUUGCUCAGUGCUUGUAAGAUUCAUGGAGAUGUUGUGAUGGGAGAGAAAGUGGGGAGGUUUCUUCUACAGUUUAAAGAGCACAGUUAUGCAGAGUUGGCUCAUAAGAGUGAAGACUAUGUUGCUUUGUCAAAUGUCUAUGCUUCAGUUGAAAGGUGGAAUGAUGUUGAAACUGUUAGGAAGAAAAUGAAAGCUAAGGGUAUUUUUAAUCAAUCAGGUCUUAGCUCAGUUCAAACUUUGAGCAAUGAUACAUUGUGUAAUUAACAAUUUAUAUUGGAUUGUUACAUGUAUGAGAACUUCCGAGCUUGUUGGAUUUGACUCUAUUGAACAGAUCUACCACAUAGAGUUUCUAUGCAAUUUGGAAUGGAUCAAGAUGUUCCAAGUUAUGUGCCGAGGUUCAAUAAGACUAAAUCCAUUGCUUGGGAAAACUAUUGCAGGCCCAUAUCUGAUAAAAAAUUGUAUUUUCUAUCGAGAUUGUUUGAGGCAGAUGUUACCGCACGUUAUGCAAAGUGGUGGAAGGAAUCGGUAUUGGAUCGCAACAAUUUUGUUAAGAAAAUUGUGCGGACAAAGAGAGAAGUAAGUUCAAAGAAACAUAGACCCUGUGCAGGAAAAUCAAACAAAAGUGGAAAUCAUGUUAGUGGUUCCAAAAGUAAAACUUGGAAGGUUGAUGAUUUGCAUGCUGAUGUUCCUAAUGAAAAUUCUGUUCGUAAUUGUUUGAUAGCUGAUGAAAAUAUUGAUGUAAAUGGCAGCAAAGUAGCAAGAGUGAAGUAUCUGAGACUCAAGGCGAAAACAGAAGGUAUGCUUUAAGAAGCAAAGUCUCUUUGUCCAGCAAAGGAUCUGUUGUGCAGCACGAUCUCCAGUUUCCCUCUGAUAAUGCUGCUCAUGCAAAAGCUAAAAUACCAGUUGAAGAAACGGAUGAUGAUGUUUGGGUUUUCUUGAAAGAUAAAUACUUGAAGAAUCAAGAGGAACUCACACUUCUGGCAAAACAACAGGAUGAGAUCUUACGGUUAAUGGCUUUGAGGGAGAAGAGUCGAGCAGCUCCUUACUAGUGUUCUAAGUAAUCAACAACCACCACCACCAUCAUCUUUUUAAAACUAUAUUUAGUUUAUAAACUCUCUGUAUCAAACUCAUGACCAUGAUAGUCUACCCUCUAUUCUGUUGAUAAGAAUCAAAAGAGAAAGUAAGACUAGUUUAAAUGUGUUAUGAUAUAUGUUUUUAUUAUCUGCUAUGCAUGAGUUAUUUAUCUUUUUUGUAGUA